CGUAUAUAAGCCAGCCUGGAUCUCUGAUCUCAAUUUGAAGGCUGCAUUAGCACCGACAGUAUCUAAACUAACUGGAUAGUGAAGAAGAUGGCUGUAUCAAUCUUGGAAUUCGGGUUCCUUCUCUUAUUGGCCGCUCCAUUUUCCCUUAGUCAACGCCCCCCACCCCCACCUCCACCCCCACCCCCACCCCCACCCCACCCCAACCCCUGUCCAUCGCCAUGUGGCAGCAGUUCAUCUCCGGGAAAAUGUGUUAUACCGUUAGACAUGGCCGGAAACUCCCUAGAUGAUCAAUAUAUCGGUUGCGAAGAUAACAUGUCCAACAAAGUAAAGUCAGUCUAUCUGGUCAAAGAAUUAGCAGAUAAAAAAAUCGAUUUUAAAACCGGUUGGAAUUUUGGAAUUCAGUACAUGACAAAAAACCAACACCCACACUUAACUUUAGAGCAAGCGACUGCGAUCUACGCGUACACUAUGAACACGCCGUUGUUCUGCCAAUUCAACACAGCAGUACGAAAUGGCGGCGGAUCGAAUUACAAUACCUUCCCGUUCAAAGCUCUGCAUUUCUACUUGACUACAGCCUUGAAAAUACUCCACCGGGAACAGAACUCGGGCUGUCGUGAUGUCUUCAGAGGCGAGACCAUUAGCAGGACCGUUAAGGUCAGUGAAAUCGUGCGCUUCAGUCAGUUUGCUUCGUGUUCAGUGGAUAAAGACAGGGCAAAGAGUUUUGCCGGGAAAGACGGGACUGUGUUCAGCAUAAAUACUUGCCAAGGUGUGCCGAUUACUGAUUAUUCAUCGAAAAAGUACGAGGAAGAAGUUCUCAUUCCACCUUAUGAGAAAUUUAAAGUGCAGAGUGUCAAAGGCAAUGAAAUCACGCUCUCCGCUGUCAAAGGAGACACUAGAAGUGUCAACAACUGUUUGGCAGUGCCUUAAACUUCAAUGUCUAAAUGAAGUGCCUGCAACUCCAUUAUUUCAGAAAGAAAAGUGGACAACAUUGAUUUUUUCUGUCUGUCUGUGUCUCUGCUGGUUCUUGUUCCAACUGAGGAGCUGCUCUCAUUACUGCUUCAUUGAUUGAACCCUCUCUCAUCAAUUGAAAUUAUUAGAGCGAAUUCAUUUUUAUUUUCUGAAAACUGUUAAAAAAAGAAUGACUUACUUUAUGGAGUGGGUUGCUUGAAUUCUUUCUUACUUUCUGCAAUAAAACAGCUUUUGAAUCAUCAUUCAAAACUCA